AUGGCUGCUGGAUCCUCAUCAACGGAGGAAUUGCAUCGUGAUCAGAUUGAGGUUCAUCAUGGGAAACGAUUGGAUUCUCCAGCUUACUGGGACAUCGAUGAUGAUGAUGAUGAUGACGAUGAUAAUUGUGGACCAAGGCCCCAUGAACUGUACGGAACAUUUACGUGGACGAUUGAGAACUUUUCCCAAAUUUACAACAAAGAGCUGCACAGUAAUUCGUUCGAUCUUGGCGGUUACAAAUGGUGUUUGUUAAUUUUUCCACAAGGACUGGAAAAUGCCAUCAGCGCUUACUUGUCGCUCUUUCUUUGUGUCGUCAACCCUGAUGAGCUGCUCCCAGGAUGGAGUCGAUUUGCACAGUUUACAUUAUGUGUAGUUAAUAAGGAUACUACAAAAUCAAAGUAUUCUGAUACACUACACAGGUUUUGGAAGAAGGAACAUGACUGGGGAUGGAAAAAGUUUAUCGAGCUGUCACGUCUUGAUGGUUUUCUUGUUGACGAUGUCCUUACAAUCAGGGCUCAAGUUCAAGUAAUCAGGGAGAGGAUAGAUCGACCAUUUCGCUGCCUGGAUGAGCUAUACCGGAAGGAACUUUGUAAGGUGUAUUUGACUAAUGUGGAGUCAACUGUCCGGCGGUUCAUCGAAGAGAGAAGAAGGAAAAUCAUCAAGUUGAUUAAUGAUGAAAGGACGAUCUGGUCUAGUCUUCGUGCGUUCUGGCUCGGAGCUGAUCCAAGUUCAAGGCAGCACCUGACAAGGGAAAACACUGCCACUAUACUAAGACCUCUGGUGAAACACUUCUUUGUGGAAAAGGAGGUUACGUCAACCUUACUGAUGGACUCGCUCUAUGCCGGGCUGAAGGUCAUGAAACAGGUGUGCAAGAACAGGGAGGAGACGGCUGCUGGUAUCCAGUGGGCAGGGGAAAACGAUAGCCGAAGCAUUCCUAUGGUCAUUAUCGAUAAGGAUAGUGACAUGUUUGUUUUAACAGAUGACGCGAUUCUGUUGCUUGAAAGAUUCGCUCUGUUUGACAGUGGGCCACAUCAAGAAAUAGGGGGUGGAAAAAGUUCAGAGAACUGCUCCAAGAAUAUAUGA